UAAACCAGUCAGAAGACGUCCUGAAGGAAAAAGGCGGGUUUUAGCUUGUUCUUGAUGCUUCUGGAUUCUACUUCCGGCUGCUUCGUCCUCUGAAAAUCACAACAAUGGGGAGUGUUUUGGCUGCCAGCUCCCCCAACCCGCCUCCACCGGCCCCCGGCACCACUGCCACCCCUGGGUUGACGGUGCCGCCCGGCUUUGGGAUGCCUCCAGUUUCUCCAGUUCUAUCCCAGACUGGGGCGGCCUCGGGGCAGGAGGCAGAGGAGACGUUACCCAACCCCGGCACGUUCGAUGAAUGUCAUCGAAAAUGCAAAGAGGUCUUUCCCAUGCAGAUGGAAGGCGUCAGGCUAGUUGUCAACAAAGGCCUUAGCAACCACUUCCAGGUGAACCACUCGGUGCUGCUGAGCACCACCGGAGACUCCAGCUACAGGUUUGGUGCUACGUACGUCGGGUCCAAGCAGAUGGGUCCAGCAGAGUUUUUUCCGGUCAUGGUGGGCGACAUGGACAACAGCGGAAGCCUUAACGCGCAGAUCAUCCACCAGAUCACCAGCAGGAUACGAUCCAAAGUGGCCUUCCAGACACAACAGAACAAGUUUGUGAACUGGCAAGGAGACGCUGAGUUCAGGGGAGAAGAUUUCACUGCCACGGUAACGCUGGGAAACCCGGACGUCCUCAUCGGCUCAGGUAUCGUCGUCACUCACUACCUCCAGUCCAUCACGCCGGCUCUGGCUCUGGGAGGGGAGCUGGUUUACCACCGCCGGCCAGGAGAGGAGGGAGCAGUCAUGUCAUUAGCGGGCAGGUACACAGGCAGCAACUGCGUUGCCACGGUGACCCUGGGCUCAGCAGGAGCUCACGCAUCGUACUACCACAAAGCCAACGAUCAGCUGCAGCUCGGCGUGGAGUUUGAGGCGAGUUCCCGCACGCAGGACACCAGCGUGUCGUUCGGCUACCAGCUCGACGUACCCAAAGCUAAUCUGCUCUUUAAAGGUUCGGUGGACAGUAACUGGAUCGUGGGCGCGACGUUGGAGAAGAAGCUGCUUCCGCUGCCGCUCUCUCUGGUCCUGUCCUCCUUCCUAAACCACCGCAAGAACAAGUUCCAGUGCGGCUUCGGCAUCACCAUCGGUUAGCCGGACGGAGGGACUGGGCCGUGAACGCCGCCGGUCUCGCAUCAUCCUGUCAGAUUAAGUUGCAUCAGGCGGACCGUCGUGGAAGUUAAAUCCCCGAUCGCUCGGUUUAACGGCGAUCCCAUCAGACUCAAACCCAGAGUUCAGACAUCAGAGGCCUGAAUUCAACGGCUGUUUUUCUCCUCGUCUGAGUUUUAUUUCUGUUAUUUUGCUGUAAGUCUGUCUCGGUGUGCAGUGGAUCGUUCUGUGGUUUCCUGGUUGCAGCGUUUACCAGCAGUUAGGACUGUCCUGUACGUCACGCUCACAGUCACCUGUUCUGUUGCCUUUUCAUGUUUAAAUGCAUAUGGAGCAUGUAUAUACGCCUGGAAACUGAUAAAUACCAUUUCUUA